CCAGAGCAACUGCCACAUCUUCCACCGAACACGAUCAUCUAUAUGCCCUUCCAGUCUCACCGCUAACACACAACAACCAUGUCCGGCCUCGAAAAAGCUCUCUUCAACUUGAAGUUCACAGCCAAACAACUGAACCGCCAAUCCGCCAAAGCUGGCAAGGACGAGAAUGCCGAGAAAGCAAAAUUGAAGAAGGCUAUCCAACAAAACCACGGCGAUAUCGCCAAAAUCUACGCUCAAAACGCCAUUCGCAAGCAGAACGAGAAGCUCAACCUGUUACGCCUGGCUUCAAGAAUCGAUGCUGUCGCUAGCAGGGUACAGACGGCUGUGACGAUGCGUCAAGUCACGGGCAGUAUGGCGAAUGUGGUGAAAGGCAUGGACGGAGCUAUGAAGGCUAUGGAUCUAGAAAAGAUUUCAGCAGUCAUGGACCGAUUCGAGACACAAUUCGAGGACCUGGACGUCGCAACCGGAUACUAUGAGAAUGCUACCUCCAGCGCCACCGCUGUGGGCACACCCCAAGAAGACGUCGACAGAUUGAUGUCCCAAGUCGCCGACGAAGCUGGUGUCGAACUGAACCAAGAAAUGGCCGGCGCAACACCAGCACAGGGUAUCAAGGCCCCUGCCAACCCCACUGAAGUCGAGGAAGAUAAUCUGGGCGAGAGACUGAGAGCUCUGAGAAGCUGAGCGAAAAAAAGAGACAAAAGGAAACUAGAAGAUCUGAAAUAUCUCCGAAAUCAGUGGCUUGGAGUUUGGGCGUCUCUUUUGACACUGCUUCUGGGACGGCGCGAGAUUCGAUCGUACAGAUGCAUGACCUACUGACUGUGUAUACAAUGACAUUGUUCAAACCCUCUCUCACCGGC